AUUGCACUUUAAUCUAAUCGCAACGUCAAUGAAAUUGUGUGAAAGUUAUCAUAUGUGUUACAUUUUUAUUUCUUGUCUAAUUUUUUGAAAUACAAUUAAAAAAUGCCAUCAACCGGUGAACCGAAGAUCGAUGAUGCAGCGGACGUGCGCAAUUAUUUCCUUAAACUGCUGGAGCAGGAUAGAGAUCUUUCCUCUGGAAUUGCCGCAAUCAAAACUCUGCUAAUGAUUCUUGAGAAAAAACAAUUUGAUACCAUACACAUUUUACACACCACAAUGCGUGAUGCAGUGGCAGCAAUGCGCAACACAGAUUUGUCCAUAGCAGCUGUAGUGUCUGGUGGUGAGCUAUUUUGUCGUUUCAUUACACUCAGUUUGGAUGAUAAGCACAUGGAAGAAUGUCGACAAAUUAUGUUGCACCGUGGCAAGAUAUUUUUGACGAAGCUUUUAAACUCACGCAACGUUAUCGCCCAACAAGCCAAGAAAUUUGUCAACGAUGGCUGCCGUGUUUUGACCCAUUCGCGUUCGCGUGUUGUGUUAAAGGCGCUAAUAAGUGCAGCAAAAAAUAAAGAAUUUCACGUCUAUGUAACACAAGGUGGUCCAGAUAAUUCAGGUGCUCAAAUGGUCUCCGAUCUGGAGAAAGCUGGAAUAAGCAGCACAUUAAUUUUGGAUUCGGCAACAGGAUAUGUAAUGGAAUCGGUGGAUUUUGUUAUGGUCGGYGCUGAAGCUGUGGUUGAAAGCGGUGGCAUAAUAAAUCGAAUCGGUACUUUUACCAUGGGCUUGUGCGCGCGUGAGAUGAAAAAGCCAUUCUAUGUUUUAGCGGAAAGCUUCAAAUUCACACGACUUUAUCCUUUAAACCAGCGCGAUUUACCCGACGAAUAUAAAUAUUCCCGUAAGCAUUUGGUAGAUGUAUCUAAAGUGCAUCCUCAAGUAGAUUAUACACCACCAGCUUAUAUAACAUUGUUGUUUACUGAUUUGGGUAUUCUUACUCCAUCGGCUGUCAGUGACGAAUUGAUUAAGCUUUACAUGUAAUUAUAGCAAUUUUUAUUAAAGAAAUAUAAAGAGUAAAAUAAUAAUGAUUAGUGUAUGAUUA